GUGACUAUAUUGUAAUAUUUAUUAGAAUUACUAAUUACCUGUAUUAACUAGACAUUGUUCUUAAGGGAUGAUAUUAUCGGAGAUUACAGUUGUACUAAAAAAGGUAAAGUAUGUCAUCUGAUUGCCUUGCAUUGGACAUACUAUUUUGAUAUUUGUACUAUAUCGUUUAUAUACACUCACCUGUAGUGCAACUAACGAUCGGUGACUCGUCACGCUCUAUUGCGCAUCAAUAGUUAUACCUGUCUACAGCCUGACAAUACUAUAGACAUUUGUCAUGUUGGGGUAGACCUACCACGGAGCGCAUAGACCGAGACUUAGAGAAGCAAAAGCAGGGGUCAUGUCCUUUUCUCGAACAUAUCGUAUAGGGUAUGUUACAGCGUACUCAAGCCUACAUGUGACCACAGGUAAAAGAGCUGGAUACUGCUAAGAUGUUUGCUACUUGGGCGCCUUUCCGACAGUUGAUGACAUGGUCACUUUUUCUCGGAUUAAUGCAUAUGUUGAACUGUGCUACCAGUCGUAAUGAUGUCCAUCCGAAGUUUUCUGGGUUUGACUGUAACGGCAAGGUCGGUAAAAGAACAGUACCCCAUCGCGUAACUGGCGUGCAGUUUCCUGGGGGUGAACAAUUAGUUUGCUGCUAUCCAACAAAUUGUACGGGAGGAACCAUAAUAUUCUGUACAGAAGACAAAGGCACUGAUGUUUGUGCGCCGUGUAAAAGCAAUGAAACAAGCGCAACUUGCAACUAUAGACAGGUGACCUCAAUGUUUUCCUUCGAAGAAGUCGAUCUUUGCAAGAAACCCUGCACACGUAAAAACGCUGUACCGGAUGUGUCCUUAUAUCCACCAUCUUAUACGAAAAAGGAAGGGGAUGAUCUAACUCUACUGCCGACAAUAUACAGUGACUCUGUGUUGCAAGAGUUUCUCUGGAGGUUCAUAGAUACAACUGCCUCCUAUGACAUCGCUAGUUCUUUAACAGGAAUUACGAAUCCAGGAAAAUACCUUGUCGGAACAAUGCCAAACCCCUAUUUGAACAUCAGUAAACUUGAACUGUCAGACCAAGGGACCUAUCAACUGUAUGUGAGCAACCGAAUUGGAUUGUCAAAUGUCGAGAAUGUCACAUUGUUUGUCACUACAAAACCUAUCGUUACCAUGGCAAAAGAGAGCGACAACGUUGAUGCUGGACAUCCAUACAAUCUGACAUGCAGAGUUGAGGGGAAUCCGACGCCCAUUGCAUCAGGUUUUCAUUUUAAAGAUAUGCAAGGAAAAGUAACAAAGGUUAUUUCAGAUGUGUCAUCAGAUGGUGUGAUCACACACACCAUAUAUAAUGCAAGUGCCAGUGAUAGCGGAUACUACACAUGUAAAGCAGAAAAUAGCGAAGGCAUAGGAGAAAGCACCUUGCAUUUGACUGUUGACAUACCGCCAGAAAUGUACUUUCCGUUUGGCGGACGUAUAAGUAGAUAUGACGUCGGGGACAACACGUCUGUGUCCGUAUGGGUGACUUCAACACCAAUUGUGGAUAACCUCCUCUGUACAAAUGAAGGUAACCAAUCAACGCAGAUGGUGCGCAGUUCCGCUUACAACAUCACCAGCGUUGGGUGGAUAUACAAUUUCUCAAUUCAAAAUAUUCAGCCGCAAGAUGGAGGAAUUUACAUAUGUACCGCUUCUAAUAGGUUAGGGACUAGCAGCAUAUCCGUGGAGAUAGUCGUGAACAUCCAAAGUAAACCGCCAGUACCCCAAGAUACAGAAACAAAAGAUUGUAAUUGGCUCUGGCUCUCUUACCUGACAACAACUUUAGCUGUUUUAUCCUUUGUUGUUGCUAUUGCCGCUCUACCACUGGUUCAUCUUAGAAAAGAAAACACUUCCAAGAACCAUAAAAGUAUUGUCCUUACGAUCGGUUUGUGUGCUUUCGAUAUUGCGGUGUGUGUGGCUACCAACCUCAAUCACUGCAGUACAUCUUCCAUAGUGACGAUGAACAUCAUCGUCUGCAUUGUAAUGGUUUUUUCAAUUUUGUUUGAAAUCUGGAUGGUUGGAAGCUGUUUGUCUGGCAUGAUUACUGCUUUGAUAAAUCAUCUCCUUGCAAGGCUUUUAUGAGAAAAACAUAUAAACGGCAUAAACAAGGUGAAAUUGACAGCAGUGUUUUGAGAUUAAAUAACAUCAGCAGGGCUAGUCCAAGAUUCUAGCCCGGAACUUCAGAUUGAUAUACCAACGCUCUAACCAAUAGAGCUAUUGGUCAAUUAAAGAGUCUUGGAUCCAAUGUGCUACUACAUUAUAUUUAAACAGAAGUUAAGGGGUCAGUGAGGCGGGUCAAUCGAUAUUUAUAUAACUGUUUUUUCUUACAUUUCAUUUUUGUAUCACAGUCAUUUUUUAUAUGGAACCUAAAGGUUAAUGUAAAUAAUGUUUAUGUUUAUCAUUAAUUUUUAUAUUGUUUUUUGUUCUCAUUUGUCAAUGUGUUUACUUCGUCAAGGCAAAUUGUGAUUUCAGAAUAUAAACAGUUAUACAUGUCAAUCUUGUUUACAAAAUUUAAAUGUUGUUAUAUCCCGUGUAUUUUCCUUAAAACCUGUCUGUGUCAUUCUCUGCUCUUAUUCUACCAGGAUGUAUUUUCUACAUAUUCGUUUCCUUUUUGACAAUGGAAAAAAAUAAAUAUCUUGGUGCUGUAACGGCAGGGAAUGCCUCACUACUUUAUAAAUGUUUAUGUAUCGUUAGUGUCUCUCUGAAUCUAUUCUCUCUGAAUUUGCACUACAUUUUUAUUUUAUUAUAUAUAUUAUCCAAAUGCGGUGAUAUUCACCCGAACCCCGGUCAACCCAACUCCCACAUCCACCUAGAUUUUAUUUCUAUUUGUCAUAUCAAUAUUUGUUCGUUAAGGAACAAAACUCAUAUUCUUGAUGCUGAAUUCUCCGAAUACGAUAUAAUGUGCGUCUCUGAAACUCAUCUUGAUAAUUCAAUUUCUGAUAGUGCUGUAUCUUUGGAAAACUUUGGUAAUAUUUUCAGACAGGAUAGAGAUAAUUAUGGUGGCGGAGUUCUGAUGUAUACUAAACAUAAUAUUAAUAUUAAACGUAGACCUGACCUUGAGACAGAUGAUCUUGAAUUAAUAUGGACUGAAGUAACUACCCAUAAUAAACCUAUUCUUUUUGGCUGUAUAUAUAGACCCCCUAACUCUCUCGUUGGCUACUGGGACAGGCUAGAUACUAACCUAAAUAAUAUUAUUGAUCUGCAAAGGGAAGUAGUCCUGGUAGGUGAUAUAAAUCAAGACAUGUUACAUCUAAAUCCAAACUCACAUCUACAUAGAAUUUUGUUGAAAUAUGGGUUAGAAAACACUUACUGAACCUACCAGGAAUACUUCCCAGACCUCAACAUCACUUGACACUAUACUAACAAACAACGUUAACUUUAUUAAAAAUACAAUAGUACAUCCUCCCUUUUGUAGUGACCACUGUCCAGUUAGCGCUGAUCUGAAAUUUAAAACUUUAAAGAAACAUGCAUAUAAAAAGACUUUAUUAUACUUCAAUAACACUGACUUUGACGGGGCAAAUGAGUAUCUUAAGUCCAUUGACUGGAAUCUUUUAUUGCAAGGUGAUAUUGAAAAUAUGAACUCUCUUUUAACUGAUAAAAUCCUAACUGCUAUCGACCUAUUCGUGCCCCAUAAAACAGUAACUAUAAGACCUAAUGAUAAAAUUUGGAUGACUAAUGGUAUCAGACUCAAAAUUAGACAAAGAAAUCGCCAGCAUUCCAAAGCUAAGCUACAUAAUACUCCAUCUUCUUGGGCAAACUUUAGAUCUAUUCGGAAUGAAGUUAUAUCCUUAGUCAGGGAAGCUAAAGAAAAAUAUUUAUCUAAACUUCAAUCUUCUUUAAUUGAUAAAACCAUACCCCACGGAAAAUGGUGGCGUAUUGCAAAAUCGGUUAUGAAUCUCAAAAACAAAAACGAAAAUGACUCUCCAUUGAUUAUCAACGGCGAACUGAAAAUCCACCCCAUAGAUAAGGCGGAAUCUUUUAACGAUUAUUUCACUUCGAUUUCCGUAACUGAAAAGAAUGCUGACGAUUUACCUCCUGAUUGCCCCCGACCCCGACAUAGCUUCUCAACAAUAGACAUAACCGAACAGGACAUUCUUGAUCAGCUCGAUCUACUCAAUACUAAUAAACCUUCAGGCCCUGAUAGUAUCCCUCCAAAAUUCAUAAAAGGGGUUUCCCAAUCUCUUGUGAAACCACUCUAUCUCUUAUUCAACAAAUCUAUUUCUACCGGAAAGCUACCAAAUAGAUGGAAAAAUGCUCAUGUUACCCCAAUUUAUAAGGGCAAGGGAGAUAAAAGUGAUCCAUCCAACUAUAGACCAAUAUCUGUUACCCCUAUAUUUAGCAAGCUAUUUGAAAAAAUUGUUUUUAAGUAUAUGUUCAAUUACCUCUCAAGAUAUAACAUUAUUUCUAAGAAUCAGUCAGGCUUUUUACCUAAGGAUUCCACAGUGUAUCAGC